CUUUGAUACCAUAAUGAAGUUCUCCAUUUCCGCCGUUGCUCUCGUUGCUGCCAAGGCUAGCGCCAUCACCUUCUAUGCCUCUAACUCCUCAACUGCUCUGGAGGAGUUUGCCGUCUCUGGUGUUACUGGAUGGUCGAACCCUCAGUUUGCUUCCAUCUACCACACCUGUAACGAGACUAAUGCCAGAAUGAUCCGCGCUGGUCUCAAAGAUUCUCUGGAGGCUGCUGCCUACGCCAGAGCCCGUCUGACCGAGUACGGAAAGGACGAUGAGAUCUACGAGAGAUGGUUCGGAGAUGGAAGCAUCUACGAGGUCAUCGGUACCAUUGACUGGCUUGUCGAGGCCUCUAAGGACAGUCUUCUCUACAGAUGUGACGACAUUGACGGAGAGUGUGCUGCAAACCCAACUACUUACCCAGGAUACCACCGUGAGGAUGCCCCAGGAGAGACCGUUAUCUGCGAUCUGUUCUACACCUCCAAGAAACCUCUUGCAAACAUGUGCUUCGAUGGCACCAUCGUUAGCACUGGUCCAAAGCAUUAUGCUGGUAUUGAUCUGCUGCAUCGUUACCUGCAUGUUCCAUACAUGAGCUCUGACGGUUACAUUGCCGAGUACUUUGAGGAGCUUGACGAGAUCCUUGAUGUUGCCCAGACUAACUCCAGUUUCGCAAUUUUAAUUAAACUCUAG